AUGGUGAAAGAGAGUCUCCCAGCCUGGGUCCAGGAAGCUGAGGAUAUCCUGGUGCACAUCAACGUUGGUGGCCUGAAGCGCAGCCUGUUUUCCAGCACUCUAAGUAAUUUCCCCGACACACGUUUGGGACGCCUGCUGGCCUGCGAGUCCGAAGAGGCCAUAUUGCAAGUUUGCGACGAUUACGACGUUCAACAAAAGGAGUUCUACUUCGAUCGCAACCCGGGACUCUUCCCUUACGUACUGCAAUUCUACCUUACCGGCAAACUCCACAUCAUGGAGGAACUAUGUAUCUUCUCCUUCUGCCAGGAGAUUGAAUACUGGGGAAUCAAUGAGUUCUUCCUGGACAGCUGCUGUAGCUACCGUUACCACGACCGCAAACUGGAGAGACGCCACAAGAGCUGGGACGAGGAGAGUGAUGUUAGCAGCGUGGACACUUCCGUGGACGAGAUCUCAGACCUGAACAAGGACAUCCAGCACUUCCAGGACAUGCGCUGUGGAAAUGCCCGGAAGUACCUGUGGCUGACUCUGGAGAACCCUGGCUACUCCAUUCCCAGUAAGCUUUUCAGCUUCCUCUCCAUAGCUGUGGUGUUGACCACCAUAGCCAUCAUGUGCAUUAACAGCCUUCCGGAGUACCAGCACUUUGACGAGGAUGGCAAACAAGUGGAGGACCCGACCCUGCAAGCGCUGGAGUUCUUCUGCAUCUGCUGGUUCACCUUUGAGGUGGUGACGCGGAUGCUUUUGGCGCCCAACAGGAGAAAGUUCUUCCGCCACCCGCUCAACAUAAUCGACAUUGUGUCAGUGUUGCCCAUCUAUAUCACGCUGCCUAUUGACCUGGCGUUGGGCAGCGAAUCAGAGCUGGGGAACCUGGGCAAACUGGUGCAGGUGUUCCGCCUCAUGAGGAUAUUCAGGGUUCUGAAGCUGGCCAGACAUUCGACAGGCCUCAGGUCUUUGGGAGCAACGCUACGGGUGAGCCCUGCCACUAUAACCGCAGUACCCCAUUAUAUCAAAUAAUCAUAUCACAUCUAUCAUACAUUUUCAUACAGAACAUGAGGUUGUAAUUGUGAGUCAUUCAGUUUUAAUAGUGUCAAAUUCAUAAUCGCAUCGUACCUUUUAUAAACAGUUUAUCCUAUGGUGGAAUUUAGCGAUUAAAAUGUAGCACUCACACUAUCAAUUACAUCUGUUCAGUUUUUUGUAUCACAAAUUGCAUCAUUUAUACUAGAAACUGAACAGGGGUAAUCUUGGAAGGCACUGCCUUUAUCUCUGAUCCCUUUGGAAAUUCCCAAUGGAGAAGUGUAAUACAGGGCAUUCAAUUCCCAAAUCAUUCAUCACCCACUCCUCACCUAUAUUGUCCUACAAAAUAAAGUCAUAACAUGCAACUGAUCACAAAUAGAGAAAUUUCUGAAUUUAAAGGAAUUUCUAUCACAUACCCACUCUGACAUAUUGUGCUUAUCUGCCACUGUGUGUCUCUGUAGCACAGUUACAGGGAGGUGGGCAUCCUGCUGCUGUACCUGGGCGUGGGCGUGUGCGUGUUCUCGGGCUUUGCCUAUACGGCCGAGUAUGAGGAGGACGUGGGGCUGGAUACCAUUCCUGCCUGCUGGUGGUGGGGCACCGUCAGCAUGACCACCGUGGGCUACGGCGAUGUGGUGCCCGUCACGGUGGCCGGCAAGCUGGCGGCCAGCGGCUGCAUCCUGGGUGGGACCCUGGUGGUGUCCCUGCCCAUCACGAUCAUCUUCAACAAGUUCUCCCACUUCUACCGCAAGCAGAAGGCCCUGGAAGCCUCAGUGAGAAACAGCAACAAGAAGAAGGUCAAAGUGCGCAGUGACAACGUGCAGGAGGAGGAAGAUGGGGGUUCGGAUAGGGAUAGCCAGUGUCUGGAGGAGCUGGAUAAGGAUGAUGAUGAUGGAGGAGUGGUGAACUAUAGCUAUGUUGAUCAUCCACCGCUGCCUAUGGAGAGGGUCAGCCCAUUGGCGAGGAGGAAAGAGUUCUUCCAACUCUGA